GGAGGGACUGGGUCCCUGUGGAGUAAGGUCUUUCUGCAUUCGGCAAGGGCCCCCACCGACGCAGCCUUUCUGGCCCCUGGAACAGUGUUUGAGUGUCAGCCCACGGCCGAGCCCCGCCCUUCUGGUUCUAGUUCUGCGCCAUCUCGUCCCGCCCCCUCCGAUUCUAGCCCCGCCCAAUCACGUUCUCGCUUUUCCUGCGCCACGUCCGGUCUUUUUCUGGCCAGUGUUGUUAGCCGGCGGGCCCUCCCUUCUGGCUCCACUUUCGCUCGUGGUUUUCAUGCCCUACCGCAUGGCCUCCCAGGACGCGGAUUCCCAGACAGCCUACUUCCAGGCUCUCCUCCGGGAGGAUGUGCCACCUGUUGAGACCGUUGGGGUGAUUGACACGGAGUACAGCGCGGACACCGUGGAGUGGUGCCCGCUGGAGGGCAUGAGUGACCUGCUGGUCUGCGGCACCUACCAGCUGCAGGCACUGGAGUCCGAAUCCGACAUGUCCGCCGCCCUCCCAGAGGCGGAGCCCGAAGCUAAUAAGCUGGGGAGCCAGGGUGGAUCGAGCAUCAUUGAAGUUGUGGAUGCUUAUGUCCGUAUGGGUCGUCUUUACCUGUAUAGAUUCAAUAAGGAUGCCACUGAUUCCCCUCUUACUGAAAUCCAGAGGAAAGACUGUGCUGCUAUUCUGGAUAUGAAAUGGUGCUCCGUUCCAGUUGCUGGCCAGGCUGUCCUGGGAUUUGUAGAUGCUCAAGGAUGCAUAGAGUUGCUUAAGUUGAUGGAAUUAGAGAAGAACCAUUACACAUUACAGCCACUUCUUAAGAAAGACCUGGGGGAACAUCGUAUUGCAUUGUCUCUGGACUGGUCAGUGGGACAAGCCAUGAGGGCCACUGGUCAGCCCUUAAGAAUAAUUAGCAGUGAUUCGAAGGGGCACCUCCACUUCCUUGCUGUGGAUGAAUCAGAAUCUUCAAUACAUAAUCUGUCAGAUUGGAAGGCUCAUGACUUUGAAGCCUGGAUUGCUGCCUUUGAUUACUGGCAAACAGACAUAGUCUAUUCAGGUGGUGAUGAUGGGCUUCUGAAAGGUUGGGACACCAGGAGCAACCUGGACAGCCCUUUAUUUACCAGUAAGAGACAUUCAAUGGGUGUGUGCAGUAUCCAGAGCAAUCCCCACCAGGAGAAUAUUCUGGCCACAGGAAGUUAUGAUGAGCACAUUCUCUUAUGGGACACCCGUAACAUGAACCAGCCAUUUGAUGACAUUUGUGUAAAUGGAGGUGUGUGGAGACUCAAGUGGCACCCUGUGUACUCUCACCUACUUCUGGCUGCGUGUAUGCACAGUGGCUUCAAGAUCCUCAACUGCCACAAGCCUUUGGAGGAGAGGAAGGAGGGAUCCUUUAUCUCUGUGUCCUAUGAGUCGCACAGUUCAUUGGCAUAUGGAGCUGACUGGUCCAGGCUUUGUCUACACCCUGAUAAACAAACUCAACAACAGGCUUUUUCAGCAUCUGACGAUAAGAAUGACAUGGGGACCUGGAAAUCAGAUAUUCCUUGGAAUACGGAUACCGCAUGUCCAUUGUCUUCAUCCUCUUUGGAUACAAUAGCCAAAAAAAAGAGUUCAGAUGAGCUAGGCACAGUGAAUGAGGGGAUCGUAACAGAGACGCUGGACUUCUUGGUCCCACUGGUUACUAAGGAGGGUUCUGGUCAUCUUACUGCAGGGUCAAAGGGAAUGGCUCUUGAGGCUGAAGAACCUACUAAAACGAAGACUGUUGUGAAUCUCUUAGCCACGUGUUCCUUUUAUGAUCACUCCCUUCACCUCUGGAAGUGGGAAGCAAGGUCAAUUAAAGCAUAACUUACUAUGACCAAUUUUCAGAUUGGACUUAAAAAGGGCAGCCAUUUCCACAAAUGAAUCUGAAAUACUGGGUUCUUCAUUGUGAGUGAAUUGUACAAGGAUUUUAUUGUUCCUUGUGAUAUUUAACCCUGUUUAACUUUUUAAAAUGAAGUUUCUCUGAUUACAUGUAGUACUCAGCCACUUCUUUGAAUAGCCAUGUAUAGUUAUGAGGAAGCUAGUGGCUUCUUUAAAUGAAAAUCUACUACUAGGCUUAUUGCAAGCUGCUAAGGAGGUGGUUUCUUUCUUUGUAGUCCUUAAAUUUGGUGUUCUUGCCAUUCAGAGUUGGCUAAGCAUUUCUGCUUUGAAGGGUAUUUCAUAUGGAUCUUAGCUUUUGAGUUCCUAAAAUUGACCUUUUCUACCUCUGAUGACUGUCAAAUAUCAAUAUAAAUUCUUUGCUAAGCUACCUUCUUAGCAGAGGGCAUGAAAUGGAAAUUGUAUACCCUGGCACAAUUGGUUGCUUAUUCUGGCUAAGUGAGACUAAAUGCCCAAUUCUGGGGGAAAAGGAGUGUUCUAGGAAUGUUAUCUUUUACAAAGAAAUCUUUUAAAAUAUAGCCUUAGUAGUGAUGACUGAAAUGUCUGUAGAAGAUAAGAUAUGUCCAUUCCAGUUACUUUUGUUCAAAUUGUAAAUUUCUUUUAAAAUGAAAUUAUUUCCUCAGGAAAACACCUUAAAAACAAAUAAAGUUUCGUAAU